AACCAGUUUAGCCAUCGCUGAAAAUUGAAGCUUCAAUCUUCCCUUUUUACACCAUUUAAUUACAUUUAAAUCAUAUCUCCACAUAUUAUUGUCUCAUUUUUCAAAAUUUGGAAGAAAAAAUGUGAUUGGCUGUGAUUCCAAAACAAACGUGAUUGGUUGUGACAACCCGUAGCUACACUCAGUCCACAUCACAGUUACACCUUAGUGGGGUGGUGUUCACGCGUGAGUAUCUUUGCCACAUAGGCUGCUACACGUCAAAAACGAUGGCCUUAUAUAAUUAAAUAACCUCUCACAAAAACCUUUAUCAAUGUGUCUUCUCUCCUUCGUCUUGUGUCUACUUCCGGUGGUCAUCUCCGCCGCAGCGCCACCACUCCAGCCGGGAUACUACGCCAAAUCCUGCCCAAAUGCAGAGCUCAUCGUCAGAGAUGUGAUGAAGAAGGCGAUGAUCAGAGAACCCAGAAGUGGAGCUUCUGUCAUGCGACUUCAAUUCCAUGAUUGUUUUGUUAACGGAUGUGACGGGUCGCUGUUGUUGGAUGAUACCCCGACCAUGCUUGGGGAGAAACUCUCGUUGUCCAACAUAAAUUCGUUGAGAUCUUACGAGGUUGUCGAUGAAAUUAAGGAAGCUCUUGAGUCGGCCUGCCCUCGUAUUGUUUCUUGUGCAGAUAUCAUUAUCAUGGCCUCUAGAGAUGCUGUUGCUCUGAGUGGAGGUCCAGAUUGGGAAGUGAAAUUGGGAAGAAAAGACAGUUUAACGGCAAGCCAAAAAGAUUCCGACGACAUAAUGCCGAGUCCAAGAGCCAACGCAAGUUCUCUCAUCGAUCUUUUCGCCAGAUUCGAUCUCUCAGUGAAAGAUCUCGUGUCCCUUUCCGGUUCUCACUCCAUCGGAAACGGUCGUUGCUUCUCCAUCGUCUUCCGGCUAUACAACCAGUCAGGAACCGGCCGCCCAGAUCCCACCAUCGAGCCUAAGUUCCGGAAAAAGUUAGACAAGCUUUGCCCUCUUGGAGGAGACGGGAAUGUCACCGGCGAUUUGGACUUCACGCCUCAUGUUUUUGAUAAUCAGUACUUUAAAGAUUUGGUGAACGGAAGAGGGUUUCUUAAUUCCGAUGAAACGUUGUUUACUUUUCCGGAAACGAGAGGGUAUGUGAGAAGGUAUAGUGAGGAUGAAUCCGAGUUUUUUAGGGAUUUUGUCGAUGGGAUGAUAAAGAUGGGGGACUUGCAGUCAGGGCGGCCGGGGGAGAUUCGGAGGAAUUGUAGGGUGGUUAAUGACCCGCCGCAGGUAGAGGUGGUGGUCGGGGAAUUCAGGGAUAGGAAAAUCUUGAGCAAGUGAUUUGUGAUGUCGUCUUAAAUACGAGUAUAAUUUAUAUCUGCUAAAAGUGCUACAUAUGUUCUCAGACAAUGCGUUUCAUAAUAUGACGCUAUAAAUUCUAGUUAUUAAAGAAACUUUUUGGGAUAGAAA